GUAGCCGUGCAGCGGGUGUAACCUCACCACCACACUAGUUUGGAGAACCUAUGAAAUAUGAAGUGACCUUUACGUAUCAUGCGUUUUGAAACAAACGUGUACCCUCGGCCAUUAGGAGAAUUACACACGCAUGCGUAGUUUCAUGGGAACUUCCCAGUCUCUCCUUCAAGAAAGUGGGAUUUCGCGUUUAGUAGCAGCAUCACUGGCGCAUGGAGUACUCGGUGUUGGGAUCGGACAGACGGUCUUUGUCGUAUGAGGAGCAAUUGAAGCUUCACCCAAUUCACACUGAUCAAAAGCAUGUCACCCACUUUGUUGGAGCUAAUAUUCAGUUGCUUGUCCUGCAAGGAGACUUUGACUGACUAUGAGGGUCAGCUCAUCCGGUCUCAGCCUACAGACCUGCAGAAGGCGACCUGUCUCAUGCAGACCCUGAUCCGGAAGGGGGAGUAUGCCUGUCGGCUGUUUUACGAGGCUCUGGAAUCGUUGGACCCUUCUUUGUUUGAGCGGGUGACAGGCGUCCGAGCAAGGCGCCCCCUUGUGGCCACACCUUGUCCUCUUCAGGACAGGACCCUGCCAAACGAACAGAGCAAUGCUCCCACUUGUGUAGUCCACAUUCAGAAUUCCACCUUGGUCAAUUGCAUCAUUGGAAGCAAGAAUGACCAGUAUAUCAACAGCGACCAACAGGGCCAGCUUCUUCAGAGUUUGAUGGAGGCUCGACAAGAUGUAGCCACGGGCGGCGAAUGUGAAUCCUGCCAGAUGGGGGCAGCACAGACCGCUGCAUCAUCUGAAAACCUCCAGGUUCACGGCUCCAAUCUGGAGUACGUCAUCAUUGGAGACAAAAAUAGCCUGACUGUUGAGGAAGGAGAGGAAAGCAGUGAACCUGAGGAGUAAAGGAGGACCUCAGUGGUGGUGGUCCUUGUGGGUCACAGACAUCUGAGCAGGGCUGCUUGUGGAUAAGUGGUGCUGCCCCAGACUCCUCUGCUCUGGAUAUGUCAGGUUAAGUCAGGGAGCACUGGGGGUUUAUUCUUGGAAAAUGUCUGGAUUUGAGCCCAUUUCCAUAUGCCCCCCCCCCCCCCCCCCGAUAAACUGGACUGAUGGAGCUAACCCUCAAAGUCUACCUACAGAGGAGUACAGCCAAUCCCCAGAUGAACAUCCUACUUGCAGACAACUCGUACUUAUGGACAUCCAUCCAUAAAGUCUGUUAUAAUAAAAAUACAUAUAAUAAAUGUACAUACUGCUUUGGGGUGGUGCAUUAAGUGCUUCGUUGACUGAAGGUACAGUGUAUAAUUAGUUAUUAUUACUGCAUAAUUAUCAUUAUGUACUGUAUUAUUUUACUAACUUACCUACAAAUUCGACUUUAAGACAGUGGGGGAACAGACUCAUUCAUAUCCUGGGCACCGCCUGUAUCUGUAGUAUCGUUUGUGCUGCAAGUUUUUUAUAUAAAAGAUAUACUAACACUUUCAGUAUUGUGUAUACGAGAUGGCACAGACCUUCAGGGCAACACUGGCAUUCUCACUGCAUUAAUUACGUGCACAAACGGUCAUUUUUUGACCGGGAAACAAAUGGUUUUUUUUUUUUUUUUUUUGUUUUUUUUGUGGUGGUGUGACGUUGUGAGGAAUGCCUUCCUUUUCUUUAUAAACCUUGUUCGUUCAGUCCAAGAAUUGCACUGCGAUGUUAACUUUUAGAACAAAACAUUUUCGGCGGGGACAGAAAAUCCACAACAAGAUACACUGGUUUUAUUUUCUGGGCGUGGGCGUCUUUAAAGAGCAGGUUAAACAUAGCGCACGGCGCGUGUUUUGUUUUUCCCUUUUGUUGCGUCGCGUGAAUGUGGGCAGACGCACGAGAACAUUUCAUCAUGCUUGUCCUUUGCGUUCCUCCCUGCAGGAGUGCGCAGGUGGUAUGUGGUCCGUAGAAAUGCCUGUGGUGUAAUGAAUUUCUUUGAAAUCACGUAAUGAUGAGUUAAUCUCAUUUAAAUGUGUAUUUGCAUUAAAAAAAAAUUAUUUAUGGACAUGUAUGUUUAUCAUUUACAACAUAAACAUGGUUGGGGGGAGA